AUGCCAGCGAACCGCGCCGCAUGGCGUAACGUCUACUUUUACGAUGCGUCUACUGGAGCAGCUCUUGGUGGGGUUUACCAGAAGGGCUCUCUGACCGAAACAACUCUGAUCUGGGCUCUUAACCAUGUACUUCUUAUUCUAGAAGAUUACUGUACUAUUAAACACAGAGCCUCUGGCCGGCUUAUCACGUUGUCAAGUAAUCCGGUUGUGCCUGGGGAUUACGAUAUCUAUAGCAAAGGACCUAUUAAAGUGAGUGAUGAAGCAUGGAUUUUCCGAUCAAUUAGUCACUCUGUUUCUGGUCCAGAGGAUAUAUUCCGCGAUAAGGUCCGCGCGAGAGAUGGGAGAUGCGUUAUAUCUGGAGUAGUAAAUGCCACGGCCGAGUGGGGCUCCUGGGCUGGAUAUGAAGCCGCACAUGUGUUCCCGCUACAACAUGAGAACCUGUGGAUCGAACUCGAUCACGGGUGCCGGAUUACGAACAAGGACAGUGCUGCGCAGAGUUCUAUUAACUCCGUUCAAAAUGGAAUACUCAUGUUUAGGCAUUUGCACACACUCUUUGACCAGUAUCUGUUCUCUAUUAACCCAGAUGAUAGCUACAAGAUCAUUACGUUCUCGCCUAACAACUUAGGGAUAGAUGGGAGAAUUCUUGACCCUAUCUGCCGCGAUCUAAACAAUCCGGAUUCUGUGUCUGAUGAGGUGCUACGGUGGCACUUUCGGCAAUGCGUACUUGCUAAUAUGCGAGGCGCAGGGGAGCCUAUCUUUGAGACAGAUUUCCCUGCUGGGUCAGAUAUGAUGGCAACACUACGCGCUGAACCAUAUGGUAAAGAGAGGUUCGAGAUGGAGCUCGCAUCAAGAUUCGUGGAUAGGGAAGGCGAGGCUUCUCGGGUCUGA